AAUUGCACCACAUACUCUUGCAUUGCACCACGGGAAGGCCUUUUCAGCAUGGCCGACGAACAGUAAGAGCGAAAAUUGCAAGUCGACAGAAAGAGACGUCGAUAUUUUACGACUUACUUUAUCGCUGUAAAGUUCCUGUGAUAUAUAUAUAACUACAUACCGCCAUGGUGAGUACUAGAAAGUUGUAGAAUGUAGAUUUCCUGGGUGCAAUUCUCAGUAUCUAGUCAAUACAUGUACACUGUAUAAGCUUGCUUUUUUAAAAAAUAAUUCUUCUCAUGAUCACUUCAGCAAGCUAAGUUUAUUUUGGAUGUGCUAAAAAAGAUUUACUAACAUUAUGAUUCAUCUUGAUUUUAUUCAGCCUCAGAACGAAUAUGUAGAACAGUCACGCAAACGUCGUGGAUACAGACUCGAUCAUUUCGAAAAAAAGUGAGUUGACUGUUGUGAAAUUAUGAUCAUACAGUCGAGGUCCUACUCUCAGUCAGUCGUUUUGCCGUUGAAUUCUUGCGUUUAAUAACCUUACUGGAUCUUGUAAUCAAAGGCUCACAUAUAAUCGAGGACGGAGAAGAUUUUUAUGUGAAAUCAUCCUUUCAAUAUGAAUUUAGCCAAGUUUAUCGAGUCAGAAACUUGUAAACAACAGAACUACGUUGUAUUUCAACAUGUUUUAUUUUGCUCCACAAAAUACUUUUAAAAUUUAUGUAAGUAACAGUAUAGUACAGUUAAAAUCCUCCAGACCUUAUACCUGUUACCAUGGAGUUGCACUGGCGACUGCAUGGUCGACAAGUGUAGCAAAACCACUCUUAUCUUGUGUAGACCCCUUUGCCUGCUCAAUGGAGACAUUAAUUUGAAUGAUUUAGCAAUAUUUGUCCAAGGGUUCCGUUUGUGUGGAUCAUGCCUAGACUUCGCAAACAUCAUCUUCCUUGUCAGCGUAGUGUUUGGACAGCGGCAAACAUGACCAGUAUAUUUUAAAUAUUUAGUUCCUGAUCACAUUCUGAGACUUUUGUUUUUUGUUAUAAGUAGAAUGUCUGUGUUGGUGGAUCCGAGUCUGAGUAAAUUUUCAUCUUGGUAACAGACUAAAUGUUUGUUUUUAGGCGUAAAAAGGAAAGCCGUGAGCCACAUACUCAUGCCAAGUAUGCCCACAAACUCCAUGGCCUCAGGUAUGUUGUAGCGAAUUAGGUUUGUUUUCCUUAUAGUCAAUUCACCCAACAGUAUUCUGCUCGAACUUAAGAUGAUUAGCUUGGAGACAUACAACACUCUACGACACACAGGAAAGUUGACUGAACCAGACCAUUCACUUGAUCAAGAUCAUGAUGGGAGCAGUGAGAGAAAUUGGUUCAAGCUGGAAUUCUGAAAUGACUGCCACCAAAGAAGAGAUAACUGCAGAAUACCUUGCUGCAAAUAGAAGUUACUGUUAUACUAUCCCAUGGAGAUAAAAGCGGGUUUCUAGUGGUUCAAAUUCAUCCUUGGUUUAAAUUUUUUUUUCCUUUGUUUCAGAUCAAUCAUUAUCAUACAGUGUACAUUACCAAGCCUAAUAACAAAUUAAAAUAAAAUAUAACCAAGGUUAAGAUUGAACCAUAACAGAUUCCUGGAUCCACCCCUCCCCCCUCUGGUAUACUAUAUCCUUGGGGUGGGUUGUUUUCUUCAAAUCACUGGUCACAUACUUUUUCCAGUCUGCUUUUCACGAAUCACGCACAUGUAUUUGACGCUCCCAAGGUUGUCCCAAAGAUUAUUCAAUUUGCCAGGUAAAUACAAACAAGAGGGUGGGUAAUCAAACAGCUAGGGAUAUCUUUUGGCUCUACUUUUCUUCUAUUUUCCAAUAAAAGUAGCCAGGGGCCACACUCAUAGUAGCCGGAGGAAAUCCCUGGCACCCAGCUCUUAAUGACAGCCCUGCGUUCCUAAUCUCACAAAAUGAACUGUUAUGGAUUAAUCAGUUUGCAUUAUGUACAGUCAGUUCCAAUACAUGUCUUCUGUAGUUUAGAUACAUGAAGAACAGGGAGAAAAGUGUACAGCUAAGCGCAGUUACCUUAUUUUCAGAAAGUAGUGAUUUGAUAGCCUUUUUAACCUCCUUAUUUAUGUAGUAUUUAAUGGAAGGUGACUUGUUUAUAAUAUUAUUUUCUGUACAGGGCAAAACUUUACAACAGAAAGCGCCGUCUAGAGAAAAUACAGAUGAAAAAGACGUAAGUUGUCCAGUUUAACAAGCGCAAUCUUUAUUUACCCAAUUAAGUCUGAAUUAAUUUUAAUUGACUAUUAAUUUAUUACUUUAAGUUUACAAUCCAAGAGAUCAGAGCUUGCAUGUACUACAUGUACACGUAAACCAUAGUACAGUCAAACCCUGUUAAUAUGGAUAUUUUACAGAGCAAAUUUGAUCCUAGGUUAAUUUUGAUUAAACCAAGGUUGAUUCGCAAUAAUAUUUCCCUUGUCUCCUUGCCCUACAUGUAGAAAACAAUGGAAAUUAAGAAUCAACCUAAAUGUAGAUUGAAAAAUUUUAACCUGAAAUCAAAUUUGAUUUGUAAUACCGUCACUGAGGGGGUCUAUAGAGAGUGUCCAUAUAAUUUAUGAGGUGUCCGUAUUAGGCAGGUCAUGUUCGUUACUGGUAAUUAAGUUGAGAAUAUACCUUUUACUUGAACACAAUACCAAAAAAAAAACAGAACAUUAGCAUCGUGAAAAUCAAACACUUCCACAGGAAAAAAUAACAGAUUCCUAUUUCUGGAUAUUUUAGGGUAUUUAAAGAAUACCCACAAAAAUCAAUCCCAAAUUUGGAAGAGUGAGACGAGUCCCAACCAGGGAACUUGGUUGGGAAUUCCCUGGUUGGGACUUGUCUCACUUUGCCAAUUUGGGAUUUUUAUGGGUAUUCUUUAAAUACCCUAAAAUGUCCAAAAAUGGGAAUCUGUUAUUUUUUCCCGUGUUCUAGCCUUCACAAAGUUGUCAUUGCAUGGAAACACCCAAAAGUAGCUUUAUUUGUACAUUACCUAAUCAAUAUCAUUCUAUGCAUACAGUAACUUGCUUUGAUGCCAAAGUACAUGUAGUCUGAAAAUUGACAUCUACAAUUCAUCCUAUCUGGUAUAUUGUAUCACUAAUAACAUCAACAGGCUGACCCCUGAAGUUUUUACCUUCAGAAAGGAAAGGCCUAUUGCAGUGCACAAUUAACAAUGAAGUGUCUGCAUAAGCAGGGUUCACCUUCUAUGAAUCUGUUGAUUGGGAAACAAAAAAGGGUCCAGUUUUAACAUUAAUGGGUGUCCAUAUUCAGGUGAUAUUUUGUCACUUUCUCUCACAGUCAGAUUUUUUUCUUCAGCCUUUAAAACCUAAUACACAAUGUGUCAGAAUUCAAUUUCUCAUGUGUCACCCCAAUACAUUUCCUACAGUUCACAAAGAACAUUUUUUUAGUGGGAAAAAAUGAAAAAGAAGUAUCAAUAAACUUUAUUUCUGUGGCCAUGUCCUCAUGAAAUUCUUAUCACCACUCUGUUUUAUAAAACCUUGACAUAAUAAGGAGAAUUUUAAUGUUGAUUACUCUUGGGUUAAUCAGUGUUGCACCUCACUGUAAACUAACCUCCUUGGUCAUUCAAUUCUGGCCUGUUCAGAGGUAAUUUUGGCUGGUGAAAUUUUACAUGCACUCUACCACAAACUGCCAGUUGAUAGUAGUAGUACAUGUAUAGUAAUUUGGAAAGUUAGUUUUGAAUAUUGAGAAUACAUGUAGCUAACAUCACCAUUAUCAUCUCAAUGUGCCACAGUCUAAGAAUGCAUGAAGAGCGCCAAACAAAAACAAAGGACAGCCAAAAUGUGCCAGAAGGAGCUGUGCCUGCAUAUUUGUUGGACCGAGAGGGACAGUCCCGGGCUAAAGUGCUCAGCAAUAUGGUUAAACAGAAGAGAAAAGAAAAAGCUGUAAGUACUGUACACUGUAUUUAAAAAAACCAAUAACAAGUCAAGUUAAACAUGUGUUGCUUAGGCCCAGUUCAGAUGCUGCUCCACUCAUGUGCUGAACCUAACUGAAUAAGGUCCGACUUUGGAGCAACAAUGGCAUGGCGACUGAUUCAGUCAGCAUACCUUGUGUCGAUCCCAACCUUUAUUUCAUGUAUGAAGAAAGAGAAAGGUCUGUAGAUCUCUAUUUUUGCCAGUUUCAUUUGAAUCAUUACGUUCAACCUUUUCCUGCUCUCCCAUGGAUAACUUCUCAGAAACAUGGCUCACAAUAAUAAGCGACUGAACUGCCCACUCCAGCCCUUAACAGUUUCAUCAUCCUCAAAGACAGAACAAGGCAUACAAUAGUAUUCCUGGCAUCAUAAACAGUUAUAUUUUGUAUUCUUAAAGCAAGAAGAGCAAGAUUGUUCUUCUUUACCCGCCAUUUCAGUGCUACAAGUGCAAUGCUUUUCAAAGUCUCCUUUUGGCAACCGAAAAUUAUAAAAUGGUUGCCAGACAUAAAAUAUUGGUCGCCAUUGAAAACAGCAUGCAUGGUGUAAUUUUACAUGAUUGGUUAUACUGAAGACCACGUCGAUUACCAGUACUUCAUUUUCACGUGUUUGGCAUGAAGCUGUCUGAGUAUGUCUAUCCUCAAGUAAGGUGCUGAAGUAUAUUUUUGAAACAGUUUCUUGCCAUAGAAUAAAAUAGCAAUUCAUAUUUUUGCCAAGUUUCAGUAGCUUUUUCUGCAGCAAAUGGAUCUCUAGCAGCAAAAAGAACCUUCAAAUUACAGUCAAACCAGGUCAAGCGUACCCCCCAAGAAGCCAUUAAUGAAUUUAUUAUUCAAAAGUUGAAUCUAUUGCUAGUUGUAGAUUUCAGAUUGAUCUCUGCAUUCUUGUAUGUGUAAUGAGCCGUGAAUUCACACGCGAGGCAGUUAUGAAAUUUCUACCAGCUCCAUUUCCUGAAAUUGAUGUAAAUGUCUUCUAAGAAGCUUAAUCCAUUCAAAGAUUUCCAAUCUGACCAAAUACAGAGAAGUUCUCGUAAAAUAUUCAAUGCUCAUUACGCAUGCAGAAAUGCCGCUUUGAAUUUGACACCAGUUACGGGAAUGGCUAACGGAUUCAUUUUUCAAAUAAUCAAUUCACUGAUAGAAUCUUGAGGGGUACGCUUGACUUGGUUUGACUGUAAUUUUCUCAAAACAUUGUCUACCUGGCACAUUGAAUGAUGAAAUAAAAGAAAGGCUGUACUUUUACUUUAAUGUAGUGCCUAUUACCGGUAAUUUGAGACACGUGUAAACCCAUUUAGUGCAGCACCCUGUAUGGCACGAAAUUUUUGUCUGAUCUUGAUGACAGCUACUAAAAAAACUCAAAUCUACAAUAAUGCAGUUUCCAGUGUUACUUUAAUAUUUGAGUAUGGUACAUGUACACCUACAUGUAGGAUGAAAGCUUGAAACUCUGAUAAUUUUACUUAAUUCACAAAGCCUGGAUGUUGCCUGUAAGAACAGACACAUUUUACCGACUUUGUUUUCACCAGAGCACGUGCAAUGAAUAGUUUUUCUCACAGGAAAUCUGUUUUCAUGUAAUACUUAUUUGUCAAACAAAUUUUUAACCAUGUGAUUUGAUUAUAGCCCUUGAUUCUCAUUGCUUUUAACUUGCUUGACAACUGAAGGGCCGUUGCAAAACCUAGAGAGCAAUUGAAAACAGUUUCUUCGAACAAGAUACAAGAUACCCCCAUUCUUCUUGUUAUCUGCCCAGUUCCCAAUUGUCUUAUCAAAAUGAUUGCGCCAACUACCAUGUCUACAGUGUACAUCACAAAUUUCACUAGGGUGAAAAGAGGAAUAUUGUCUUCAAUACAGAGCAUAAAAUAAUAUUUCUUGUAAAUCUCAAUUUAACUUUAGAAACACCAUGGACACUACAUUAUAGCUAAAAGGAAUUUUGUACACCUUGGCACAUGACCACCAAACACAGGUCGCCAAAUCGGUGACUUUUGCUGCACGUUUACCCCCAAUUUUUUCACUCACCAUGGCGACCAAAAUAGUAGCAAGGAUGGAGUACCAUAUUUUCCUCAAAUUAGCGUUCUACGUAUGGCACCUAUGCAAAAAAUGAUAAGACUGUGGCAAAAAAUUAUAAGUGUAAUGAUUGCACAAUGUUUGCACAGUGAAUGAAUCACUUGCCACUCCAAUGUCGAAUAAUGCGUUAGACUCUGUCAAGUUUGGCGCUUUUGCCAUACCAAGUUACAAGUUACCAAAUUGAUUGAGAUGCCGCGCUUUUGCCAUAUUUAAUUUAUCAGGUAGGUUAGGCACAUGAGUGGAGUGGCAUCUUUUUGUACACAUUCGUUAGGUGUAUCAUAAUCCCACAAACUUUCUUUAUCUUUUUCCUUCUUGCACAAUAGAUUACAGUUACAACUGUGUUAUAUAAAGCCAGUGUAUAUAUAAAGCCAGACUUUUGGGAAUUAAUUAUGCUUUUUGACAGCUGCAUUUCACUAAGUUAAAAGAAUUGUACUGAUGUUUCUUCUUCUUCUUUUUUUUUGUUAGGGAAAAUGGGAUGUCCCUCUUCCUAAAGUAAAAGCUGUAGGAGAAGAUGAGGUUUUCAAAGUUAUAAAAACUGGAAAGUCUAAAAGUAAAUUUCAAUCCAUUUAUCAUAUUUAGUAUUAUUAUUAUUAAUAUUUUGCUUCUUUAAUGUGGAUUAUUUUAAUUGUUGUAAAUAUUUAUUUUAAUUUAAAUUAAUUGAAGCAACUCAUCUCUUUCUUUUCCAACUAAGUCCUCUAAAAUAAUAACCUUCUUUGGAUUGGGACCAUAUCACACUGUAGAUAACUUAAUAUUGGAUACAGGCAAGUACUGACUCAUGCUUUUACAGUAACAUUUGAUUUAUGACAAAAUUAACCUUUCAGACCUGAGGCUUUAAAUACUUGAAAGUCAUGAAUAUUAAUUUUGUUGAAAGAAUUUGAUAAAAGAUCAAAGCCAUUCCCUUUCAUGAUCAUUUUAAAAAUUCGUUUAAGUUUGUCUCUUGAUGAUGUACGGAUAUUGUUGGAAGAAAAUUGAUGUAGGUCACUGAUAAUAUAACUGUAUUAUCCUAGAAAAAGCAUGGAAAAGGAUGGUCACCAAAGUUUGUUAUGUUGGUGAAGGUUUUACAAGGAAACCACCCAAAUACGAAAGGUUCAUAAGGCCAAUGGUAAGCAACAUUCUGAAUUAAAAAUAAUACAUGUAUUAUUGAAUGGAGGGUAGCCCGAAGUGACCAUUAUUAAGUUUGACAUUUUAAUUACAACCUUUUCUUUGUUUCUUCUGGCCUUCCUAAUUUCCUAAUAUCCUAAUUAACCCCUUCACCCCUGGAAAUCUUUUGCUAAAAUAAUACACCAUUAGACUGGCUACAUGUACAUGUAGUCAAGCCAUUUUCUGAUGAUCUGGCCAAAAGAACUAAAACUGCCCAAAACCUUGUGUACCAAUCAAGCUCUGCACUGUCUAAUGUUCUAACAAAUAGCUUCUAAAGUUCAUGCAUGGACAGGAGGAAAAACGCAUUGUUUUGGGGUUUAAAAGUGACCCCUUGACUUUUUGGCUUUCCCCCACCCCCCUGUCCCCUUUUUUUCCUUUUCAUUUUAGUGGGAAUAUUUUCUUUAAACAAACCUCCAGUGAUAAUGGAAUUAGUCUGAAGGAAGUGCAGAUGGGUGGUGGAACAAGAUUUUCAUUGAAAUUUUCAAAUCAACUUUUCAUGUUUUUCACAUUUUUCUCUGGCCUGUUGGGGUAUUGUUUGAAGGAUCUCCCCUCCCCCCACCCCCCCUGCACAAGUUGUCAGUCAGCAACAUUGCCUAUGAACAUUAUCUCACAACUGAUACAAGGUGUGGCUGGGUUAGAAUCACAGUACUACCAAACUUUUUUGUUGCCUGUGAGGGGAGGGGGUGUCGGUACACAGGCUAAUGUUUUUGCUAUAAUCUUUUUUCGUGCCAAUAGGCCAUUUUCAUGAUGACGGCAUUUGACUGCAACUACCAGAAUUCAUUUCAUUCUUGUUUUUUUAUUUAAAUUUAGCAAUCCCACUGGGCUUUUAAAGCAAUAUCCUUAAUUGGCACAAUAAAACAAAAAACUGAAGGAUUCUUGUAGCUGUAGUAAAAUGACGUCAUCAUGCAAUAAUUGCAUUAAUUAUUGUCCUAUUUCAAGUUGCAUGAAAUUAAAUGUGGUUAGCCAUAAUCCAAAAUGGCAGCUCAUGAUACUGAACUUUACAAUCUUUUGAGCAAAACGUUUGUCAGUAGUGGAUGAAAUUUGUAGGCAGGUUCAAACAACUGUGAUCUUCUACAUGUAUGUUGUGAUAAGAAAAAUAUCAUGUUCUUUAAUCAGUGUAUGUUUUCUGUUUAUUUUGUUUUAGGGCCUACGUUUCAAAAAGGCACAUGUAACGCACCCUGAGGUAAGAGUUCCGUGGUGAUUUAACUUGUUCCCAGCGUUCUUUCCUCCUUGUCCUGGCAGUGAGUAGGAGAGAACCCAAGGAACAAAGCUGUGGGUGAUUCUGUUAUGUUACCUCAAGCUUACUUUGCUAAUGACUGUAAAAUUGAUGUUUGUGGCAGAGUUCCACAUACACACAACAAGGAAAGCAGUUAUUGUAAAUUGUUUUGAUUUAUUUUUUUUACUUGUCAUUCUUGGUUCAAUUUUGCUUCUUCCUUGGUUUAACCUUUUAAAGUCCCUAGAGUAGCUAAGGUCAAUUACUUUGAUUCUUUAUCAAGUUCUCUCCACUAAUUCUUUAAGAAAGAGAUGAAAGAAUUUGAAUUUAUUUUGUGGAUAUUACAUAUUAAAGGGUUAGUACUGACUAUCAUCAUGACUGCGCAGGAUUAGCUCAGUCGGUAGAGCCCUUAACUGCAGAGCGGGAGGUCGCGGGUUCGAUUCCAUGGGCCGAAGCAGUAUUCAGGGUCUUAAAAUAACUGAGAAAUGAAGGUACUCCUUUGCCCUGCAAAUGGCUAGACCUUCGCGUGGCUCGGAUGACCUCGUAAUAUGGCGGAGAUGUAAAAAUAGUGUCCUGCCCAUUUAGCACUUUUGUGCUAAAUGCAUUGACACUCAAAUAAAGUGCACUUACUUACUUACAGUGUAAAAAGUGCGUCAGACACAAUGCAAAUGAGCAUAAGAAUUGUACCAACAGUUAUGCAAUGUUAGGAUGAAAUUGAACCUUCUCUGCAGCUUGAGUUUUGGAUUUUGUUUGAUGUUUAUUUUCUGUUCGUUAGAAACUCAUUUUUAUUUGUUUUUGUGAUUUUCUUCAGUUAAAAGCAACGUUCUGUCUUCCCUUGAUCGGUGUAAAAAAGAACCCACAGUCGCCAAUGUACACGCAACUAGGAGUUAUUACAAAAGGAACGGUCAUCGAGGUACGCUUUAAUUAUAAUGCUGUUUGUUUAUUAAGUAAGGAAAUGUUAAACAAAAAAUAAUGAACAAAAGUGCCGUUCCUCUCCAAACGUUUCGGGCCUGGCCCUUUAUCAGUGGAUAAUAAUGUUGCAAGGUUUACAUACGCCAUGAAAGGAAAAUAUAAACGCUCAAAAAUUUUGUAGGGACUCAAACCACAAGAUGGCACUGUCGUUCAUUAUUUUUUGUUGAACAUCCCCUUACUUUCUUCCUAAAGUGCCACGCAGGUUAUUGAUUUGUUUUUUCGUUUUUUUUCCGUUAUUUGUUUGUUUAUUUGUUGGGGGUGAAAAAAUGUGCUCAGUCAUCAAAGGGAAUCCUUUAAAGUGAAGUAAUGAAAUUAUUGGGUAUUUUUGUUUUGCCUCGUAAUUCUGCAGGUGUGUGAAGGUCGCAUGCAACCUACAAGUGGGUGCUGGGAUGGAUUGUAACAUCUUGAUGCAUUUUUUUGCUUAGGUUAAUGUUAGUGAGUUGGGCUUAGUAACACAAGGUGGCAAGGUUGUAUGGGGUAUGUAUGGUUUUAUUAUCAUCAUUAGCCUGUUCCACGCAUUUAGUUAGAGGAGAGUAGUACUGUUUACAUUUGCGUGAAAAUUUAGCCUCUGCUCGCAGGGCACAUUGCACAUUGCACCAUUAAUAUUAUCUGAAUGUCUGAAACAGUCUGCUUCAUCAUCAAAAUAGUCAUCCUUACUUCGACCCAUUGGUCCCUAAACUCGGUCGCUUUUAUCGCUUGUAACGUCCAUCAGUUUUAACGGCCAAAGACCUCUUUUCUGCUAACUUGUGAAGGGCGAGCAGAUCUUUCAAAGCACGAUUCGGUCAAGGAAUCCGGAGAAAAAGGCCAAAAAAACAAACAUGUAACGUUAACCCGAAAAUUCCCAUGAAAAUCUUGUUCCACCCUUUCCUUUCAUCUAAUCCUAAGAUCCUAAAAGCUUUCCAAAAACGUUUGAUUUCCCACCGAAAUGGAACCUAUUCUUUCUAAAAGCCCACCCAAAAAAAACUGAGGCAAAAAAAGCGAAAGAAGAGGGAAGGAGAGAAAGCUUUUUUGGUUUGCUUUCUGUGCAUGCAUGCCCGAACUUCACAAGCUAGUAUUAUGCAUCUGCAUCAGAAAGCCGUUAAGUGUACGACAUGUAAACGGCUUUGUGGUAGGUUUUAGCUCUUUAUAGGCAGAGAAUGGCCAGAAAACCGCUCGAAUAGCCUAAAAACGUUUUUUACGGCGCAAUUCUUAGGAGCGAGUGGGUUAAAUUUCAAGGUGGAAAUUGUCUAUUAUAUUUAUAUAAUAGACAAUAUAUUUGACAGAAGAUUCUAGGGGACGCUUUGUCUUUAAACAGGAAUUUUCAGUGGACCUUUUCGAACAAUUGGUUAUAAAAUUUGAAAACACAGCCUCCAAAACUCGUAAGUUGGUAGAAAAACUCCGUGUCUCUUAGACAAUAGAACGGUUAUCUGGGAAUUUUUAGCCUUUCCUGAGCUUGAGAAAUUCCUAGGCGAUAUUUGCUUCUUCGCCAGAACAGUUAUUAUACAGAAAAAAAAGUUGUUGAGUGCCCCUGAUGGUAACCAUCUAAACACAAGUCUUAUGUUUGUUAAUUUUCUCCUUUGCAAGUUAGUUCUGUUGUACUAUUCGCUAUUUAGUAACAAAGCAUUGUGUUCUUGUGAUUUCAGGAAAAUAUGCGCAGGUUACGAACAAUCCGGAAAAUGACGGCUGUAUCAAUGCUGUUCUACUUGUGUAA